AUGACCCAUUCACUGGAUGAUGCGGUGGAAGGUCUUCAUGGGACUUUGAGUGCGGAUGAUGCGGUAGAAGUUCCUCGUUCGUCGCCAAGUGCUCUCUCAUUCAAGUGCGAGGAGGAUGCUUGGCCCGAAGCGCUGCAUUCUUCUUCUUCAUCUCAUCCUGGAGCGGCUUUUUCGGGAUCUGGUACCGCAGCCAUCAUGUCCACACCUCCAUGGCAGACAUUGAUGACGGCACAGCAUGACGAAGUCAUGAAAGUGCUGCUGCGGCAAGAGGUUUUGCUUCAAGUCGUCGCUUCGAAAUCCUCCAAGCCUGGCUUCCCUCUGGGAGGUGCUGACUGGGUCGGACGGGUGAUGUCCAACGAGACCCGGAAAGCACCUCCUUCGGCGAGGACCUCUUCCUCAAAAGAGGCUGGCUCGGAUGGCGAGGAUGCAUCGAGCAUGCCCAGCACCAGCAGCUUAUACCCCCACAAGAGUAGCUCCCCGUCGCCCUACGUGGAUAUCGAGGAACUGCCCAAGAGAAAGAAACCCAAAUUCUUUCAGAGCUUCUCGCUCUUUGACAUGGGACUGCGCCAAGCAGCCGCCCAGGCGGACAGCACGCGACACCGCAGGAAAUUUGCAUCCAUCAAGCUUGCAGGCAAAGAGAGCGAAUCCAGUAACACCAGUGUUCACCGAUAUCGCAGACGGCUGGCUGAACUUGUUUCCAGCAAUGUCUUCGACAUAUUCUUUGGGAUCGUUGUACUAGUCAAUGCCGUCUUUAUUGGUUUCGAGACGAGGGAAGCCAUCGCAGAUCCAAAUAACCCAUCUACCGUGGUUCUCGUCUCACACUUUGUGUUUCUGGUACUCUUCACUGCAGAGCUCCUCAUGCGUCUCUGUGCUUUUGGCCUUUCAAUCUAUUGCGACGGCGAUGCAUGUUGGUGUAUCUUGGACACCUUCAUCGUCAUCACCUCACUUUUCCAGCUAGUCGACAACGUGAUAUUUCUCGCAGGCGCAGAGCCGGAGGACAACGGAGCGGGUCCUGUGCAGAUCAUCAAAGCUUUCAGACUACUUCGAGUGGCCCGGAUUGCGAAGGCUGUGCGUUUGAUGAAGAUCUUUCGCUUCGUGACAGCGCUCAGAACUCUUGUGACGUCAAUCUUUCACACGUUGAAAUCCCUCUUUUGGGCCCUCAUGCUUCUCUUUCUCAUCGUGUACGUAUUCGGCAUUCUUUUCUCCCUGGCCGUCAAUGAUCACGUCAAUGCUGGGGGCGAUCUGGUGUUGAACGGUGAAGACCUGGAGGCAAAUCGGAAGUACUUCCUCACACUGGAGGAUACUAUGCUAAGCCUCUUCAUGAGCAUUUCUGGCGGAGUGAGCUGGGAAGACGUUCUGGCACCACUCAAGGCGAUCUCGAUUUGGUGGGUGAUCUGCUACGUAUUAUUUAUCUCGUUCACGUACUUCGCAGUGUUGAAUGUGGUGACGGGCGUGUUCUGCCAGUCUGCAAUCGACAGCGCGCAACAAGAUCAUGCUUCAGUGGUGCAAGCAAUUUUGGAGGACAAGGAAGCACACGUCACCAAAAUCCGCAGUUUGUUCAACCAGUUCAACGGUGAUGGUGACAGCUCAGUGGUUACUUAUGCAAUGUUCGAAGAGAAGAUCAAUUGCCCAGAAGUCCGCGAAUACUUCGAAAGUUUGGGACUUGACAUCUGGGAUGCAUGGUCCUUCUUCAAGCUAUUGGAUUUGGAUGCUGGUGGGGAAGUCGAGAUAGACGAGUUCCUGAUGGGGUGCCUGCGUUUGCGUGGGGCAGCCAGAGCCAUUGAUGUGGGCAAAAUCAUACAUGACCAGACAUGGCUCAUCCGGAGCCAAAGCCGGUUCCAAUCCCAUGUCGAGUCACAGCUUGCCCGUUUGAGCUUUGAAAGCAUUACAGUUUAA